AACAAAAAUAUGCAUUACAAUGGAUCCUCGACUAAGAGGAUAUUACCAGCACGACUAAAGGUGAUUACCCUCAUUUCGCCAAGACGCUCAAAAGACGAUAAACAACAGACAGGAAAAAUUAAAAUUUGGACUCCUAGGUCUGAAGUGUUUUACGUGAUGGCGUUUUCAAGAACUUUUCACAUUACAACUUCGAUGAUAGCGAUUCUGUGUCAAACGAUCCAUGCAGCUUCACCUGAACCCUGUGGAAGCGAACAAUCGAUCAACGGGAUGAUGCUUAAAGGACAUGUUUUUCAGACCAUCAAGGCUUCCCACUCAGCUUUGCUCGCAUUGGAUUGUCUGACAGCGUGCAACAAUGACAUAAGAUGUCAAAGCUUCAACUAUGUUAUCUCCCAGAGCAUAUGCGAACUAAACAACCGCACGAAAGAAGCCAAACCUGACAACUUUGUUCCCAACCCUGAAAGAUAUUAUUUCAAAAGAUAUAAAGACAGAGUCGCACUUGGUUCUAUACCGGAACUACCUGCGGACUCUUGUUGGGAAAUAAAGGUUACAGAAGGAGAAAAAGCCGUUAGUGGUGAAUAUUGGUUCAAUUCUAUUAUACCCUCUAAGAGCAUACUCGCUUACUGCGACAUGGAUACUCUUGAUAUAGACGAGUGCAGUGCCUCCAAAAAUGUCUGUGAUGUAAAUGCAGUUUGCACAAACACGGAAGGUUCUUACUCUUGUUCCUGUAAACCUGGAUUUACUGGGAAUGGAAAGCACUGCAGUGCACCAGUAGUGACGGUUACCAGCUCCUGUGAAGACCUCACCCUGGAACAAACAAACAUCACUGGUUUUAUAUUCUCCACCUUACGCGAUUACUACAAGUAUAAAAAUAACAUGGAGUGUAAAUGGGGUGUAUCUUCCAAUACAAAAUUGGAGCUAACGUUCUAUACAUUUAAAACAGAGGAGGACAAAGAUAUUUUGGAGAUUUAUGAUGGUUCUUCUUCCAACUUUCCUCUAAUUGGUUCCUAUAGUGGCACCUCUCUGCCUCCACCUAUUACAAGCUCAUCGCACGAACUUUACAUUGUAUUCUCCACUGAUUACUCAGAUAGAGAGCCUGGGUUUCAAGCAAGUUACCGAGCCAUUACAGAGGGUUCCGUCCGCCUCAGAAGAAGUGAGAUACCAUUAACUGGAACCGUGGAAAUUUUUCAUGAUGACAAGUGGGGCACCAUUUGCAGUCAUGAUUGGGACAUUCAGGACGCGAUGGUAGUCUGCAGGCAGCUGGGCUUCCCUCAAGCUACCAAAGCUUAUGGAAACGCUUCUAGAGAAGAAAAUGGUACCGUAUGGAUGACAAAAGCGGGGUGCCUAGGAAAUGAAUCAUUUCUCUACGAAUGCAACCACAGCGGCUGGGAAAACAAUAAUUGCAAUCACGGCAAAGCCGCUGGUGUACAAUGUUCUUUUGGUCCAUCCCUACUUCGUUUAGUGAAUGGAGGAUCAAGCCACGGUCGCAUAGAAGUUUAUCACAAUGCAACAUGGGGUACAGUGUGUGAUGAUAAUGAGCAAAAGGAGGCUGCUGACGUGGUGUGUCGCCAACUUGGCUUCAAUGGUUCCUUAGGAAAGCCAGUGUGCUGCUCAGCGUACGGCGAAGGUGUUGAUCCCAUUUGGUUGGACGACGUUCAGUGCGAAGGCGACGAGGUCUCAGUGUUUAACUGUGAGCAUGAGGAGUGGGGAGAACACAACUGUGACCACACUGAAGAUCUAGGUGUGGUGUGUUAUUAAUAGAAUCCUGGGUCAUUGAGCCCCAGCACACGUGCAUUAGUCACCCGAACAGUUGUGGACAAAAAAAGACUCAGCCAACUAGCAGCGCUCGUCAAAAUCCACCAGAGUACUUUGUAGUGAUCUCGUUGGGCUGCUUCAAACACUUGUUAUUCAAACAUUGUUUCAUUUUUACCAUUUUCGUUAAAAAUUAAGAAGUAUACGUGGAUUUAGCUCAAUUAUCUCACUAGGUUAUCAGUGGCAUUUUGUAAAGGGAAUUGACGUGGGAUUCUUUUCACGAACCUCGGCAACAUUACCCUGUAUAAUCAGAUUUGGAUUUUGACUGAGUUCGAGAAGAAAAAACACUUGUAAAAACAAACAAAAAAUUGUCACUACCUACAACUUCACAGUUUACUAGCUCCGUUAGCGUUGUGGUUCUGAUUUCUCUCCCUUUGUCCAGCGGAUCCUAACACUCCUCUGUUUACUCCCAGUUUUCUUCAUGGGAUUUGUUUUAAUACCAAUGAGAUAAAGCAUUGUAUUUGCAACCUCAAGGGUCUAAAAGUAAAGUCACACGUACGUAGGGACACUCAGUAAACCUUUGAGCCUUUAAUAGUUAUUGCUAUUAGCAGGCUAGUUGUAUUCUUUGUAUCUAAUGUUGGUGAUUAUUUCUAGAUAAACUCCACAAACUUGGUAACUUGACCUCCACGUUUUCGAAGUUUUGGGA